AUGGAAGUUGAAGAAGGAACAGAUGUUAACAUUGUGGCCAAGAUAAAGGGUGUACCCUUCCCCACAUUAACAUGGCUAAAAGCUUCUCCAAAGAAACCAGAUGACAAAACGCCAGUGGUAUAUGAUCAACAUGUCAACAAGAUUGUUGGUGAAGAUACUUGCACUCUAUUGAUUCAACAGUCUCGCAGAAAUGAUACAGGUUUAUAUACUAUAACAGCUGUAAAUAAUCUGGGAACUGCUUCAAAGGAGAUGAGACUAAACGUUCUAGGUCGUCCUGGACCUCCAGUGGGACCAAUUAAAUUUGAAUCCAUUUUGGCAGAUAAAAUGACAAUAUCAUGGCUUCCUCCAUUAGAUGAUGGUGGUUCUAAGAUUACAAACUAUGUUAUAGAGAAAAAAGAAGCAAAUAGGAGGACAUGGGUACCCGUUACUAAUGAGCCUAAGGAAUGCUUAUUCACUGUUCCCAAGUUGAUGGAAGGCCAUGAAUAUGUGUUCCGCAUUAUGGCACAAAACAAAUACGGUAUUGGAGAACCUUUGGAUAGUGAACCAGAAACAGCAAGAAACCUUUUCACUGUUCCUGGACCAUGUGAGAAGCCAACAGUUAGCAGUAUAACACGUGACUCAAUGACUGUAAACUGGGAAGAACCAGAGCAUGAUGGUGGCUCUCCUAUUACUGGUUACUGGUUGGAGCGCAAAGAGACUACUGGAAAGAGAUGGACGAGGGUUAACCGUGAUCCUAUAAAACCUAUGGCAUUGGGGGUCUCAUACAAAGUUACAGGUCUUAUCGAAGGCUCUGAAUAUCAGUUCCGUGUUUCAGCUAUCAAUGCAGCUGGUGUUGGUCCACCAAGCAUGCCAUCUGAUCCAGCAAUUGCUAGAGAUCCUAUAGCUCCACCUGGCCCUCCCAUUCCGAAAGUUACUGAUUGGACAAAGUCUUCUGUAGACUUGGAGUGGACUCCACCUCUAAAGGAUGGUGGUUCUAGGGUCACUGGCUACAUUGUUGAAUAUAAAGAGGAAGGAAAGGAAGAAUGGGAACGGGUGAAAGAUAAAGAAAUUAGAGGAACUAAGUUUGUUGUGGCAGGAUUAAAAGAAGGAUGUUUUUACAAAUUUAGAGUUAGAGCAGUGAAUGCUGCUGGCAUCGGAGAGCCUGGAGAAGUUACAGACAUUAUUGAAAUGAAGGACAGAAUUGUGGCUCCUGAUAUUAAUCUGGAUGCAAGUGUUAGGGACAGAAUUGUUGUUCAUGCUGGAGGAGUAAUUCGGAUCAUAGCAUAUGUAUCAGGAAAACCACCUCCAACAGUGACUUGGAGCAGGGAUGACCAUGCUUUACCAGAAGAAGCCAAAAUUGAAGAAACAGCUAUUAGUUCUUCUCUGGUCAUCAAGAAUUGCAAAAGGAGCCAUCAGGGUAUAUACACUCUUCUCGCUAAAAACGCCGGUGGUGAGCGGAAGAAGACUAUUAUUGUUGAUGUGCUAGAUGUGCCAGGCCCAGUUGGAAUGCCAUUCCUUACUGAGAAUCUAACCAAUGACUCUUGUAAAUUGACAUGGUUUACUCCAGAAGAUGAUGGUGGAUCUCCUAUUACCAACUAUAUAAUUGAAAAACGUGAAUCUGACCAUAGAGCUUGGACUCCAGUAAGCUACACGGUUACAAGACAGAAUGCUACUGUUCAGGGACUCACUGAAGGGAAAGCCUACUUUUUCCGAAUUUCAGCUGAGAAUAUAAUUGGCAUGGGUCCAUUCACAGAGACAACAAAAGAGAUUGUCAUUAGAGAUCCAAUAACUGUUCCUGACCGUCCAGAAGACUUGGAAGUAAAAUCAGUUACCAAGAACUCUGUCACAUUAACCUGGAACCCUCCAAAAUACAAUGGAGGCUCAGAUAUCACCAUGUACGUUCUAGAGAGCCGUCUCAUUGGAAAAGAGAAAUUCCACAAAGUUACAAAGGAGAAAAUGCUUGAUAGAAAAUACACUGUAGAAGGUUUGAAAGAGGGUGAUACCUAUGAGUAUCGUGUGAGUGCUUGCAAUAUUGUGGGGCAAGGCAAGCCAUCAUUUUGCACAAAACCAAUCACAUGCAAGGAUGAAAUCGCUCCUCCAACACUUGAUCUUGACUUUAGAGACAAGCUUAUUGUUCGGGUUGGUGAAGCUUUCAGCCUGACUGGACGUUAUUCAGGCAAGCCUGCACCAAAGGUUACUUGGCUAAAGGAUGAUACUGUUGUGAAAGAAGAUGACCGCACAAAGAUCAAGACAACUCCUACAACUCUUUGCUUAGGGAUACUAAAAUCUGUCCGUGAAGACUCAGGCAAAUAUUGUGUUACUGUAGAAAACAGCACAGGAUCAAGAAAAGGAUUUUGUCAAGUUACUGUUGUUGAUCGCCCAUCACCUCCAGUUGGCCCAGUUAUAUUUGAUGAAGUUCACAAAGAUCAUAUGGUAGUUUCCUGGAAACCUCCAUUAGAUGAUGGAGGCAGUGAGAUUACAAAUUACAUUAUUGAGAAGAAGGAUGCACACAGAGACCUGUGGAUGCCAGUUACAUCUGCCACAGUUAAGACAACAUGCAAAAUUCCCAAGCUGCUUGAAGGAAGAGAAUAUCAAAUUCGAAUUUAUGCUGAAAAUCUUUACGGCAUAAGUGAUCCCCUCAUCUCUGAUGAGAUGAAAGCCAAGGACCGUUUCCGUGUUCCUGAUGCACCUGAGCAACCAAUCAUUAAGGAUGUUACCAAAGACUCGGCAGUAGUAGUUUGGAACAAACCAUAUGAUGGAGGCAAGCCAAUAACAAACUAUAUUGUAGAAAAGAAGGAAACAAUGGCUACAAGAUGGGUCAGAGUUACUAAAGACCCAAUUUUCCCCAGUACUCAGUUCAAAGUACCUGACCUCCUUGAAGGCUGUCAAUAUGAAUUCCGUGUUUCAGCAGAAAAUGAAAUCGGUGUUGGUGAUCCUAGUCCACCAUCAAAGCCAAUUUUCGCUAGAGAUCCAAUUGCAAAACCAAGUCCACCUGUUAAUCCAGAAGCAGUAGAUAAAACUAAAAAUUCAGUUGAUUUAUGCUGGCAACCACCACGCCAUGAUGGUAAUGGCAAGAUAAUUGGCUACCUUGUUGAAUAUCAGAGAGUUGGAGAUGAAGAAUGGAAAAAGGCCAAUCUUACAGCAGAUUCUUGUCCUGAAACAAAAUACAAAGUCACUGGCCUUACUGAGGGUUUGACCUAUAAGUUCAGGGUCAAGGCAGUCAAUGCAGCAGGUGAAUCUGAACCAGCCUAUGUUCCUGAUCCAGUAGAAGUAAAGGACAGACUUGAACCUCCUGAGCUGAUACUUGAUGCUAAUAUGGCCCGAGAACAGCAUGUAAAAGCUGGAGAUACCCUGAGACUUAGUGCUGUUAUUAAAGGUGUUCCAUUCCCAAAAGUUUCUUGGAAGAAAGAAGAUCAUGAGGUGUCACCCAAAGCCGAUAUUGAGGUUACAGGAGUUGGCAGUAAGCUUGAAAUUCGUAACACUGUCCAUGAAGAUGGUGGAAUUUACUCCCUGACAGUUGAAAAUCCAGCUGGUUCAAAGACUGUUUCAGUAAAAGUUGUUGUCUUAGAUAAGCCUGGUCCACCCAGAAAUCUGCAAGUCAGUGAAGUUAGAAGCGAUUCUUGCUAUCUCACUUGGAUGGAACCAGAAGAUGAUGGUGGCUCUGUCAUUACCAACUAUGUGGUGGAAAGGAAAGAUGUAGCUUCUGCACAGUGGGUAGCCAUCUCAUCAUCCUCCAAGAAACGCAGUCACAUGGCUAAAUAUCUGAUGGAAGGCACUCAGUAUCUCUUCCGAGUUGCAGCUGAGAAUCAGUAUGGUAGAGGCCCAUAUGUGGAAACAAUCAAGCCUAUUAAAGCUAUAGAUCCACUGCAUCCUCCAGGGCCACCAAAGAAUCUGCACCAUGUAGAUGUUGACAAGACUGAAGUGUCCCUUGUUUGGAAUCGACCAGACCGUGAUGGUGGUGCUGAGAUAACUGGAUAUCUGGUGGAAUAUCAAGAAGAUGGUGCAGAUGAGUGGAUAAAGUUCCAGACAGUCCCUAUGCUAGACUGUGUUGUUACAGGCUUACAAAAAGGAAAAAUAUACAAAUUCCGUGUGAAAGCACAGAAUAUUGUUGGCCUCAGCCUUCCAGAUACUACCAUACCAAUAGAGUGUCAAGAAAAACUAGUACCUCCAUCUGUGGACCUAGAUGUGAAGUUAAUUGAAGGUCUUGUUGUUAAAGCUGGCACCACAGUAAGACUUCCUGCUAUUAUGCGAGGUGUGCCAGUACCCACUGCAAAAUGGGUUACCGAUGACGUUGAAAUUAAAACAGAUGGCAGACACAAGAUUGAGACUGACAAUUAUUCGACUGUACUUACCAUCAAAGACUGUAUAAGGAAAGAUACAGGAGAAUAUCUACUCACAGUAUCUAAUGCAGCUGGCAGUAAAACUGUUGCUCUACAUCUUACAGUUUUGGAUGUUCCUGGCCCACCGACUGGUCCUAUUAAUAUUCUUGAAGUAACACCAGAACAUAUGGUUAUUUCUUGGCGUCCUCCUAAAGAUGAUGGUGGGAGUCCUAUAAUAAAUUAUAUUGUUGAGAAGCGUCAAUCAAAGAAAGAAACUUGGGGAGUGGUUAGCUCUGGAACAAGUCACACAAAAAUUAAGAUUCCAAGACUGCAGAAAGGCUGUGAAUAUAUUUUCCGUGUCCGGGCAGAAAAUAAGAUAGGCAUUGGUGCACCCCUUGAUUCAGAACCAACAGUUGCUAAACAUAUGUUUGAUCCACCAUCCCCACCUGGUAAACCAACUGUUUAUGAUAUCACAGAAAAUGCUGCAACAGUGUCUUGGACCCUACCAAAAUCUGAUGGUGGAACUCCAAUUACUGGUUAUAUACUUGAACGUCGGGAAGCAUCUGGUAAAUGGGUGCGUGUCAAUAAGUCACCAAUACUUGAUAUGAAAUACAGAGUCACUGGACUUUUUGAAGGCAACACAUACGAAUUCAGAGUUUUUGCAGAAAACAUGGUGGGCUUAAGCAAACCAUCUCCAAGUUCUGAUCCUAUAAAAGCAUCACGUCCUAUCACUCCUCCUGGACCACCAAUAAAUCCAAAAUUAAAAGACAAAACCAAAGAGACAGCUGAUCUUGUGUGGACAAAGCCCCUCAAAGAUGGUGGCAGCCCAAUUCUGGGAUACAUUGUGGAAUGUCAGAAAACAGGAACUACACAGUGGAAUAGGAUUAAUAAGGAUGAACUCAUUAGACAGUGUGCUUUCAGAGUACCUGGGUUAGUAGAAGGAAAUGAGUAUAAAUUCCGAAUAAAAGCUGUCAACAUUGUGGGAGAAGGAGAACCAAGAGAACUGCCAGAAACUGUACUUGCAAAGGAUAUUCUUUCUCCUCCAGAAAUAAGUUUAGAUGUGACCUGUCGAGACUUAAUUACAGUCCGAGUAGGACAAACAAUCCGUAUUACUGGUAAAGUAAAAGGAAGGCCAGAUCCUGAUAUAACAUGGUCUAAAGAUGGCAAAGUACUAGUCCAGGAAAAGCGUGUUGAAAUAGCCCAUGAUCUACCUAAUGUUGAACUGCAAGUAAAAGAAGCCAAAAGAUCUGACCAUGGCAAAUAUAUAAUAGCAGCUAAGAACAGCUGUGGACAUGCCCAAGCUUUUGCUGUUGUUAAUGUACUUGACAGACCUGGACCAUGUCAGAACCUGAAAAUAAGCUAUGUCACAAAAGAUUCUUGUAUGAUCGCCUGGGAGAGUCCAGUGGAUAAUGGUGGCUCUGAAAUUACAAAUUACAUAGUAGAGUGCCGGCAACCAAAUCAGAGGGGAUGGUCAAUUGUCUCCUCUGAUAUCACUAAACGAUUAGUAAAGGCAAAUCUUAUAGAGAACCGUGAAUACUUCUUCAGAGUUUGUGCAGAAAACAAAAUAGGUCCAGGUCCUUGCAUUGAGACCAAGACUCCCAUCCUUGCCAUCAAUCCUAUUGACAAGCCUGGAGAGCCAGAAAAUCUUCACAUUGCAGAGAAAGGAAAGACAUUUGUAUAUCUGAAAUGGAGAAGGCCAGAUUAUGAUGGCGGAAGUCCCAAUUUAAGUUAUAAUGUGGAGAGAAAACUGAAAGAUUCAGAUGAAUGGGAAAGGGUUCACAAAGGCAGCAUUAAGGAAACACACUAUAUGGUAGAUAAAUGUGUUGAAAAUAAGAUUUACCAAUUCCGUGUUCAGACGAAGAAUGAGGCAGGUGAAAGUGACUGGGUAAGAACAGAAGAAAUUGUUGUUAAGGAAGAUCUGCAGAAACCAGUGCUAGACUUGAAAUUAAGUGGGGUGCUAACUGUGAAAGCUGGUGACACACUUAGAAUUGAGGCUGGAGUCAGAGGAAAACCACAGCCUGAAGUUGUAUGGACAAAAGACAAAGAUGCCACAGAUCUAACCAGAUCUCCAAGAGUCAGUAUUGAAACAACUUCUGACACAUCUAAGUUUGUUCUUACAAAAUCAAGGCGUAGUGAUGGUGGGAAAUAUGUGAUUACUGCAACUAACACAGCUGGCAGUUUUGUAGCAUAUGCUACUGUUAUUGUCUUAGAUAAACCAGGUCCUGUAAGAAAUUUGAAAGUCACUGACAUUUCAAGUGAUAGAUGUACUGUUACUUGGGAACCUCCAGAAGAUGAUGGUGGUUGUGAAAUACAGAACUACAUCCUGGAGAAAUGUGAAAGCAAACGGAUGGUUUGGUCUACAUACUCUUCCUCUGUCCUAACAAACUAUGCAAAUGUGACACGUCUCAUUGAAGGUAAUGAAUAUAUAUUCAGAGUUCGUGCAGAGAAUAAAAUGGGCACUGGUCCACCAACAGAAACACACCCAAUUAUUGCAAAAACAAAAUAUGAUAGGCCUGGACGCCCUGACCCUCCGGAUGUCACAAGAGUUAGCAAAGAAGAGAUGACAGUUGUUUGGAAUCCACCAGAAUAUGAUGGUGGCAAAUCAAUUACAGGAUACAUUUUAGAGAAGAAAGAGAAACGAUCACUAAGAUGGGUUCCUGUUACUAAGACUGCAAUCCCAGAGAGGCGCAAGAAGGUUACUAAUCUCAUCCCUGGACAUGAAUAUCAGUUCCGCGUCAGUGCUGAGAAUGAAGUCGGACUUGGAGAACCAAGCUUGCCAUCAAGACCUGUAGUAGCAAAAGACCCAAUAGAACCACCUGGUCCUCCCACAAACUUGAGAGUGGUUGAUAGCACAAAGAAUUCCAUAACCCUUGGCUGGGGAAAACCAGUGUAUGAUGGUGGUGCUCCAAUUAUUGGAUAUGUUGUGGAAAUUAGACCAAAAGUUGAGGGUGCUGAUCCUGAAGCAGGAUGGAAACGAUGCAAUGUUGCUGCCCAGGUUAUUCAUACAGAAUUUACAGUCACCAGUCUAGAUGAGAACCAGUUAUAUGAGUUCAGAGUUUCUGCCCAGAACCAGGUUGGCCUUGGCCGACCAGCUGAACUGAAAGAAGCUGUGUCUCCCAAAGAAAUACUUGAACCUCCUGAGAUUGAGUUGGAUGCAAGCAUGAGAAAAUUAGUCACAGUCAGGGCAGGAUGCCCUAUUAGACUUUUUGCCAUUGUUAGGGGUCGUCCAGCACCAAAAGUCACCUGGAGGAGAAUGGGUAUUGAUAAUGUUAUCAGGAAAGGACAAGUUGACCUGGUUGACACUAUGGCCUUCUGUGUCAUUCCUGAUUCAACACGUGAUGAUUCAGGCAAAUAUUCAUUAACACUUGUUAAUGCAGCUGGCGAAAAGGCUGUAUUUGUGAACGUCAGAGUCUUGGAUACUCCUGGACCUGUAUCGGACUUCAAGGUUUCAGAUGUCACCAAGAUGUCAUGCCAUCUUUCAUGGGCACCUCCAGAGAAUGAUGGUGGUAGCCCAGUGACUCAUUACAUCCUGCAAAAACGUGAGGCUGACAGGAAGACCUGGGGAACAGUCACUGCAGAACUAAAGAAAACUAGUUUCCAUAUAGUUAACCUUGUACCUGGAAAUGAGUAUUUCUUUAGAGUAACAGCAGUAAAUGAAUACGGGUCAGGUGUUCCAAGUGACAUACCAAAACCAGUUCUAGCAACAGAUCCCCUAAGUGAACCUGAUCCACCAAGAAAACUUGAAGUUACAGAAAUUACGAAGAAUAGUGCUACUUUAGGCUGGCUGCCACCACUGCGUGAUGGAGGGUCUAAAGUUGAUGGGUACAUCGUUAGCUACAAAGAAGAGGACCAACCAGCGGAUCGCUGGACAGAAUAUUCAGUUGUUAAAGAUCUCUCCAUUGUUGUAGCUGGUCUGAAAGAGGGAAAGAAGUACAAGUUUAGAGUGGCAGCUAGGAAUGCUGUAGGAGUAAGUCUGCCAAGAGAAACUGAAGGAAUAUUUGAAAUUAAAGAACAACUCAGUAAGUAA